AUGUAUUUCACACUGGGUGAAAUUUUAAUAGCAUCAUCAUAUCUCAUGAUCACUGCUACUGUUAUUGUCAUUUCGGCUGUCAUCGACUGUUCCAAGAGAAAAGAGCUAACCGUUGAAUCGACACAGCCGUCUCUGAGAGACAAUUCCGAAAUCAAUGUAUUCAAUAGAGACGGUGAAACGGAUAUUGAGAUGCCUUCACAUUUACAUAAAGUAAAAGAACUUAGAGAGGAUAGAAAAUCAAAUGAAAGUGACGUGAAGAAAUUUGAUGGCAUAGACGAUCUGAAUUCAAAAAAAUCUGAGAAGCACAAUUCUUGCAAAGAGAAAAAUUCUCGAAGGGAACAACUGUUUGCAAAAGACGAUAAUCAAGGUGGAGAGGCGGAAGGUAAAGAUCAAAAAUCUGCGAAGCAAAAGCAAUCAUCGGAUGCUGAAGAAAAGUUAGCAAAAAAAUGCAAAGAUAAGCAGAACUUUAAUAUAAAUGAACAAGUAGUAACUGAUGAAAGAGAGAAGAAAGAAGGAAAUGAACGAAAAGAAGUCUAUCGCAUCUGUGUCUGA